AAGGAAGCAUGCUGUCUGCCACUUUGGGGCUCCUGGCCGUCCUGUUCUUGGCUUUUGGAGAUGGACUGGUCCCAGAAGGCUGCCCCAGACUAGAUGUGCCAGGUGAUAUACUGACCCAGGUACCUGGUGCCCCCAUCACUCUGACCUGCUUGGAUGGGGAGCUAAAGAAUAAUGCCACCAUUCACUGGACACUGGAGGACAAGCCUAUUGGCCCACAGCUUGGUCAAAGGGAGAUGGUGGGGGGCAAGCUAUUAUUGAGGUCUGUGCAGUACAAUGACUCGGGAAACUAUACCUGCUACCUGGAUGGCAGCCCAGUGAGGACCUUACCUCUGCUAGUGGUUGAUCCUCCUGAAGAGCCCGUGUUCUCAUGUCAUUGGAAGAGUUUCGUUACCAGUAUUUGGUGUGAAUGGAGCCUGCAGAAGAAACCAUCCCCACAGACGAAGGCCGUCUUGUUAGUGAGGCAUGUACAGAAUGAAGAGACAUUUCAGAGGCCAUGCCACUACCUGCAGGGAUCACAGAAGUUCUCCUGCCCCUUUCAUCUUAGGCAAGAGGAUAACUCGCUCUACUUGGCUGUCUUAUGUGUCACCAACGGGGUCAUGAGGAAGGCCAGCAAAGCCCAGCAGUUCAGGGGUUAUGAAAUCCUUCAACCAGAUCCUCCAACCAAUAUCACAGUCACAGCCGUGGACAAAAGCCCGCAUCGACUCAAGGUCACCUGGAAAGAUCCGCCUUCUUGGAACUCCAUAUACUACAGGCUCCAGUUUGAGCUCAGAUAUCGGGCUGAAAAGACCACGGAUUUCACAAAGAUAGAGAGUAAGGACCAACACUCGUUGAUUAUCAGUGAUGCCUGGAUGGGCGAGAGGCACAUAGUGCAGAUUCGAGCCCAGGAAGAGUUUAAACUUGGCAAAUGGAGUGAAUGGAGCCAGGAGGUCAUGGGCACCCCAUGGACAGAACCCAAGACCCCUACUGUUGAGACAGAAUUAUUCAUCUCCACACAGGUGCCCACUACCUGGGAGAACUCCAUUGAGAGCCUUUCUCCUGAGAACCCUGAAGGCAUUACCAAUACUUUACCAGAGCCUGACUCUACUCAUUCACCUUACACAUUCUUGGUAGCUGGUGGAAGCCUGGUUUUGGGAACGAUUCUAUUCAUUGGCAUUAUCAUGAGGUAAGAUGACCCCGCUGGGAUAGUUCUGUACAAUUUGCAUUCUUGGUUUUCUUUGCUCACAUGAUUAGGUCAUCCUAGAAUACAGUUAUCAGGUUCUGGGCUAGAACUCUGGAAUAUUACACUAAAGACACAAAAUCCUCCUUGCUUACAUUUUAAAAUGUGUUUUUAUGAAGAAGUAGUACAGAGGUAGG